AUGGCUCGGCUGCGAUGGGGCGCGCUGAUGGGCACUCUAUUGGUCGCGGGGGCCCUCUGUGUUGUGGUGCUUGUGCAUACCUCAGCGUUGCCCGGCUCUCUGGCAUCUCCAGCGGCCAAGCUGAGCCGGGCGAUUGAAGACCCUAUGCGGCCGGUGGACCUCCCCAACUCGGAGCUGGCAGCUCUUCGCGCCGAUGUUCAGCAGCUGCAAGUGUUGCAUAGUGAACUGUUGCAUGCUGUGCAGCAGCGUGCGGCCACGACCCCCGUCCGAGCGAAUCCACCUACGUUGAGCGGCAUUGAUGGUGCAGCCGUGCGUGAGAUCAAGACUCUAACCCAAGAUCUCAAGGAGCUCAUGAGCCACUUACAGGCGGUGCAGCAACAGCAGGAUCGUGCCGCAGCCCUGGCGGCAGCCAAGCCACCGGCCCCAGCCCCAGCUCCGGCCCCGGCUCCAGCCCCGGCUCCGAUGAAGCAUAGGGAUCAAGGCGAUGUUGAGAUGCCCAUGCGACAUUUCUCAUACCCGCAGCUGCCCAAGUACCGAGAGAUGAGCGACGAGAAUAAGGCGCGUCUUAACCGUGCUGCGGAUAAGCUGCAAGCUGAUCUUCAACGCAUUCAGCUGGCAUCGGCACCGCAAAAAUUGCUCAAAUGUAGGAUCGGGGCUUCAUGUGGCUUUGGGUGUCGCAUUCACCGCCUCUGCGUUUGCCUUUUUCGUGCCCUGGAACAAGAGCGGACCAUGAUCAUUGACGGCGAGGAGACAACGCCCUACUCCACGGGCAGCCUCACCGACUGCCGGGGUUGGAAUUGCUUUUUUGAAAAAUACAAGCAUGAUAACGUGGACCUGUCCCUGGGUGUCGACACGCUCGAUUUCGCCGUGGAUUCGCAUCUUCAUGACCCCCUGUCCGAGCAGGCACCGUAUUACAAAGAAGCCUUGCAGGCGUUUGAUCAGCGCACGGACCCGGCCCGGCUCUGGCUUGUGGGUCAGCUCUUGGGUUGGCUUGUACGCCCGAAUGCACGACUCAAGGCGUUUGUGCAUGAUCGCACAUCCCAGCUUCAGCUUCAACUGCCUGUGGACUUUGGAGUCCACAUUCGCAUGACCGACAAGUUGGCCAGCGAAGCCAAGUUGCAUGUCUGGCGCGAGUACUUUCAGCACGUGGACCAUCGGUUGAUGCAAGACCUCGAGGUGUAUUGGCACAGCUUUUACGACUUUAAAGCCAACACCACGGCCUUUGUGGCUACUGAUGAACCCAGCAUCUUUGAGGAAAAAGGACGCUCGUCCAUUUCCAACUUUCGGCACAACCGCAUUGUCUGGAAUCCCGAAGGCGCGACCUUGGCACAGUCACAAACCACCCGUUACUCCCAAGCGUCGCUGGACAACCUCAUGUUUGAAAUUUAUGUCAUGGCCACUUGCCGCUACUUUGUUGGCACCUUCUCGAGUCAAGUGUCGCGAAUGGUGGCCGAGCUGCAAAUGUAUGAUCGCCGCUAUGAUGUACUCUUUCGCGUGGACUCGCUUGACGAACCCUGGUUGGUUGCGUAUCCAAACCGAACUGUCCGACCGCAGCAGCAUCGGCUGGGCGUUUCUUUCGACUCACCACUGCCUCUUCGAAAGCCGCAAUCUCAUCGACUGUGCCGUUGCUGUGGUGGACGCGAGGUGCCCCACAUUGUGACGAUGCGAACACCUCGCGUGGCGACCCUGGCCUAUGCCGCCUUGGCGCUGGCCAUAGUCCUUCUGCUCGGCUACUCGUGGCACGAGCUGCUUCAAACCCGCGCCGAACUCGAAUCGUUGCGAAGCAACAAGGAGACCCGGGCCUCAAGCACGUCCCGACCAGCGAUCACGUCCCACAAUGCCGCCCUGCAUGAGUCUCUGGCAGAUUUGCUGCAGCGUGCCGACAAGACGCUGGGCAUGCUGCAACAAUUGCAAAACCAUGCUCGGGGGCACUCUUCAGAGCUGGUGACGAUGAAAGAAAAUGUCGAGGCCAUGCAUAAUUCGUUGCGCGAGCUUGGAUCUCGUGCGGUAGAUGCACCAGCACCGGCGCCACAAGCGGAAUCUCUUGAGGCGGCCAAACACUCGCGAAAUGUUGGCCAGGCUGAUGACAUGCCCGGUGCCCACCAUGUCGUGUCACCAGAAUCGUCAGUGACCUGUCCUUCCUUGGACAAGGGAGGCCGCAAAGAGCUGCCCUACGGACACCUACCGCCCUACAACAAGUUUAAUGAAACCGAGCUUCAACUGCUCAAGGCAGCCCGCGACCAGCUCAUGAAGGAUCUGAACACUUACCAGCUGAAUCCUUCACCCGAGCGUGCAUUGCACUGUGUCAUUCGCUCGCGCUGUGGCUUUGGCUGUCGCUUGCACCGCAUUGUUGUCUGCCUACAUCGAGCUCUAAUGAGCAAGAAGACCAUGAUACUUGAAGGCACGGAGGUCGAACCCUACAGUAUUGGCGAACUCCGCGACUGUACCGGAUGGGAUUGCUUCUUUGCCCCGUACAAAGGCAAGUCCGUGACAAUCAACAACGUAAAGUCGGUUGAGCAGUUUGCCGUCGACUCGCACCUCGGAGGUUCGCUUGGCAAGACAUCAAUAUACUAUGAAAUGGCGCUCAAGGGCAUGGGCGGUCGUGAGAUGCCUGCCAAGCUUUGGGUAGUUGGCCAGCUUGUGGGCUGGCUGAUCAGGCCCAGCGAGCGCAUGAAGCGCGUUUUGAAUGGCAAGCUCUCCGAGCUCAAGCUGACACUUCCAGUGGACUUUGGUGUACACAUCCGCAUGACUGACAAGCUUGCCAGCGAAGCCAAGGUCAGACCUGCUGCCGGAUAUACCGCCGUUUGUGUUUUUGCAUGCAAGCCCUCGUCUCUAGCCUCUAGCCCUGCGGCCCUCACUUUGCUUCCCCCACCACUGGUGCACCAUGUGCAGUUGCAUGUGUGGCGCGAGUAUUUCCAGCACGUAGACCACAAACUGUUUCCAGACCCCGAAGUGUACUGGCAUAGCUUUUAUGAUUUUACCGCAAAUACCACAGCCUUUGUUGCCACCGAUGAACCAAAGAUCUUUGAAGAACGCGGACGCUCAGCCAUCUCCAGCUUCCGCCACAACCGCAUCGUUUGGAACCCCGAAGGGGCUGAGCUUGCCCAGCAGCAAGGCACACGCUACUCGCAGCGUUCGCUGGACAAUCUCAUGUGCGAGGUUUAUAUCUUGACAUCAGCCAAGCAUUUUGUUGGCACCUUCUCCAGCCAGAUCUCGCGUUUGGUCAUUGAGCUUGAGAUGUUCCAAGAGCGCUAUGAUGCUUUCUUCCGUGUGGACUCUCUUGACGAGCCGUGCCCAAGGGAUGUGCAUGUGUCCAGUGGCUCUUUCUCACGGUCGGAACUUUUCAUAGGCACGCUCCAAGCGGGGGAGGAUGCACUGAUCAAUCUAUUCCCCAAGCACCUGAUACCUUCCACAAAUGUUUCAACGAGAUAG